GGACCGAAAAUUAAAAUUAAAACCCUAGCGUCUCACUUUCCUCCUCCCCGCGCAGGAAGCGAUUCUCAAUGGAAGGGCUGAGGGUCGUCGACGCGAAUCUAACGGUAUACAUUCACCCAUCAAAAGCCAGAAAUUCUCGUCAUGCCAUCCUCCGUCAACUCAGUUCUCUUCUCUUCACAUAUAGUGAGGUCUUUGAUGGUGUUAUCUUGGCUUUUGAAGUGGAUAUUAAGAGUACAUGUUGUAAGAUUCUUCCAAGACUAAUCCCAAAUUUUGGGGCGGAACUGAAAGCUAAUUUGUUACUCUUUUCUCCAAUGCUGAACAUGCUUGUAGAAGGAAAGGUCGUGAAGCUGGGAAAGGAAUCCAUUCAUGCUAUUGUACUGGGAUUUUCUUCAGCAUCCAUUAUGUCAGAAGAUAUACGGAAGGAGCUCAAAUUUAAUAUAAAGCAUGGUGAAGAGGUUUUUUCUAGUACAUCUCACAAAAGACAUGUGAUUAAGGUCGGAAGUAUUGUUCGAUUCUCAGUCAAAAGUUUUGAUAAAGAACUACUCCACAUUAGUGGAUCUUUAAUCCCGCCAGACACUGGAUGCGUUCCUUGGUUAGCCAAACAUGGCAUAUAUGAUGCAUCACAUAUUGACAGGCAUCAGAAGAGACACAGAGAAGGGAAUUCUGAAAAGGAUUUGCUACAGGAUUCAGACUUGAAGGGCAACCAUUACUUUGAACGGUUGAACCACCCACAAAAGUCUAGAAAGCGAACUGAGUAGUUAAUUUUAUAUUAAGUGGAAUUAUGCGAGGAAUUUGUUGCAUUGUAGUAAAUUCUUCAUUGUGAUCAGUCUUGAUUUAAAUCUUCUUCCUUCAAGUAUUAACUGCUGAAUCAAAGAUUUCAGUGGAAUUGAUGGCUAACAUGACUAACACUGUAGGCUUAUAUCAGAACUCUCACUGCUUCAGCAGAAAUGAAUCGGCUAUGAUAUAAGCAGCUGCAGCUGUAUUGUCAUUCAUUUCUUUUUCUAACUGUUAUUAGAGCACAGAGAGUGCCUAGUUUCAGCUUCUCA